GUUGUCCCGGGUGUUAGUUGCUGGAUCCCCGGGUCGAGAGGACGAGGCGCUGCAGUCGCCCUAGGAGCAGCCGCCGCCGCCGCUGCAGCUCCGCUACCUCCUCCUUCUCCUCCUCCUCCUUCUCCUGAAGCUUGGCCACCGCCUCCACCUCUCCUUGCCCGAGACCCUUUCGCUACAAUGAAAGCUGCCAUCUUCUUGCCCUCCCCCGACCUCCGAUGCUCCCUGCUGCUUUUGAUAACUUGGAUUUUUACUCCAAUAACAGCUGAAAUAGCAAGUCUUGAUAGUGGAAAUAUAGAUGAAAUUUUAAACAGUGCAGAUGUUGCUUUAGUAAAUUUUUAUGCUGACUGGUGUCGAUUCAGCCAGAUGUUGCAUCCAAUCUUUGAGGAAGCCUCCAAUGUCAUUAAGGAAGAAUAUCCAAAUAAGAAUCAAGUAGUGUUUGCCCGAGUAGAUUGUGAUCAGCACUCGGAAAUAGCCCAAAGAUACAGGAUAAGCAAAUACCCUACCCUAAAACUGUUCCGAAAUGGUAUGAUGAUGAAGAGAGAAUACAGGGGUCAGAGAUCAGUGACAGCAAUAGCAGAUUACAUCAGGCAACAAAAAAGUGACCCUAUUCAAGAAGUUCAUGAUUUGGAAGAAAUCAAAUUUCUUGAUCGCAGUAAAAGAACAAUCAUUGGAUAUUUUGAACAAAAGGACUCAGACAACUAUAGGACCUUUGAAAGAGUAGCAAAUAUUUUGCAUGAUGAUUGUGUCUUCUUUUCUGCAUUUGGGUCUGUUUCAAAACCAGAAAGAUUUAGUGGAGAUAAUGUAAUCUACAGACCACCAGGGGAAAAUGCUCCGGAUAUGGUAUACCUGGGAUCUCUAACAAAUUUUGACUUAGUUUAUGCUUGGACUCAAGAUAAAUGUGUUCCUCUUGUUCGGGAAAUAACAUUUGAAAAUGGAGAGGAAUUGACAGAAGAAGGACUGCCUUUUCUCAUACUUUUCCACAUGAAAGAGGAUACAAUGAGUUUAGAUGUAUUCCAAAAUGAAGUAGCCCGGCAGUUAAUAAGUGAAAAAGGUACAAUAAACUUUUUACAUGCUGAUUGUGAUAAAUUUAGACACCCACUUCUGCAUAUACAGAAAACACCAGCAGAUUGUCCUGUUAUAGCCAUUGACAGCUUCAGGCACAUGUAUGUUUUUCCAGACUUCAAGGAUUUGUCGAUUCCAAACAAGCUUAAGCAGUUUGUAUUAGAUUUGCAUUCGGGAAAAUUGCACAGAGAAUUCCAUCAUGGUCCUGAUCCUACUGAUGUUGCCCCUGGACAGCACAUUCAAGAUGUAGCAAGCAGUCCACCAGAAAGUUCCUUUCAGAAACUAGCACCCAGCGAAUAUAGGUAUACCUUGUUGAGGGAUCGAGAUGAGCUUUAAAAACUUGAACAAAAAAUUGCAAGCCUUUCAAACAACAGCAUCAACUUAUGUGGUGGAAAUAGUAAACCUAUAUUUUCAUAAUUCUAUGUGUAUUUUUAUUUUGAAUAAACUAAAAGAAAGGUUUGGGUUUUUAAUUCCCCUGACUCAAAUUGUAUGGUUUGGUGGGUCAUCCAACAUAACCUCUUUUUAAAAGUCCUAUUGCAAAUUAAAAAUACAAAAUGCAUCAGAGGCCCAUCUUUACCUUGGAUCUAAUCCUGACCUCCAUAACGCUCAUAAAUCCAAUGGAAGGUAGUAUUGCCAGAGACAAUAUGCUGUUAAAUUGCACUGCUCCAUUAAAUAAGAAUUGGGAUAUUUUCUUUGUAGCCUGGUAGUAUGUACUCUCUUUCCCCCCUUUCCUUUCUAUAGGAACAGUUCUGUUGGUACUUUCAUUGUCACAUUCUCACAACAAAGAGGGUAUAUAUUCUGGAUAC